UCCUAAGCAUAGAAUUAAAAAAUAAUAAAUUUUUGUGUUGUGAUUUGUGAAUUUGAAAAUGAGUAUUUAAUAUUUUGAUGCUAGUAAAAUAUUUCAGUGACAAAUUCCUUAGGUUUAUUUAAAGUAAAAAAAGCUACGCAAAAGCUCAAAAUCUAUGUCAAAUCCUGGACCCUGGAUAGUGCAUACUUGAAUAUCUAAAUGGCAAACGAAACACCAGAGAGCGAUUUUUCAAUAGAAUGUUUUCAAAAUUAUUCCGCCCCGGAAGUUUUUGUACAAGGUCUUGCUGGUAUAGUAGACCAAAGCGAUGUGGAAAUGAUCAUUCGUGCACAGAAGACCAUGCUGCAAAGAUUUGAGAAAACCACAGAAAUGUUAACAAACUGUAACCAAUUGUCAGCCAGUAGGUUCCGGGCUGCAUCUACUGAAUUUAAGAAACAUACACAACUGCUUCUUGACAUGAAAAAAGAUCUUGAAUAUAUAUUCAAAAAAAUAAGGGCCAUUAAAACUAAAUUGAGUACACAGUACCCAGAAGCAUACAAAAUAGCAAUAGAAGCAGCAGCAGCUAAACAAAAACCGUCAGAAGACAUAGAGGAAGCAAAAAUAUCAGCAUCAAGAACACAGCCUAAAAUGGUAACGACUGUGUCCACAGAAACACUAAAACCAUCAACAAGUGAAGAAGGCAAAAAGGCAAAACGGAGAGAAAAAGAAAGAAGUGAGGUCAAGAAGACAAACAGCAGUUCAUCGGAGACAGAGAGUGCCAGUUCUGGUGAUGAUAGCAGUUCUGAUACAGGUUGAUUGAACCACAAAAUUGUAUGAUAUAUAAUAAAUGCAUGAGGCUCACUCAAUCUUAAGUGUCAACAAUUACAUAAAUAAGCCUCCCCAAUAAUUUUUUAUUGAAAAUGGAGACGAUUUGAUCAAUUUCAUUUGUUGCACCAACAGUUUUGUUUAAUAUUAGUUGUACUUGGUCUGUAUUAUAAUAUCUAGUCAUGAUAACCUAUAACUGUUUUGAAUCAUGUUUCUAAUUCUUAAUAAUAAGUAAUAAAGGUGUUUAUUUAAAGUAAAUAUACAAUAUUAUAGUUAAAUUUUAUUAAUAAUAUAUAUAAUUCAGAACUCUCUUGAAAUGAUAGUUUGGAAGUAAAAAUAUUUAUUUGAAAAAAUUUGUGCAUCUCAGGGCACCCGACAGAAGUGAUAACUUAAACUAAUCUAAGUUGGACUCUUUUAAUAAUGAAAUAAAUGUUUAACUUGAGAAUAUCUUAGGUUAUUACUUAAAUUUUAUGUAUAUUGAUAUGCUAAUGUAAGGAAAGUUUAUUUAUUAAUAAAAUCUUAUAUUUAAAAAGAA